AUGUUCCAGACUAUGCAGGCGGUGAAUCACGUGCACAAGCACGGCUACUUUCACCGCGACAUGAAGCCUGAGAACCUUUUGGUCAGUGGUGACACUGUGAAACUGGCUGACUUCGGCUUGGCGCGAGAAAUCCGAGCGCGUCCGCCCUUCACCGACUACGUGUCGACCCGGUGGUAUCGAGCUCCAGAGGUUCUUCUGAGGAGCUCGAUUUACAACUCACCGCUAGACAUUUGGGCCUGUGGAGGCAUCAUGGCAGAGCUUUACACGCUCAGGCCGCUUUUUCCUGGCUCCUCUGAGAGCGAUCAGCUCUACAAGAUCUGCUCUGUACUUGGCACGCCCACGACGGUCAGUUGGCCGGAGGGCUUCAAGCUCGCAUCGCAGAUCGGCUAUCGCUUUCCGCAGCAGUUUGUGCCGACGCGUCUGGAGACGCUGGUGCCUCAAGCCAAUGCGGAAGGCAUCCAGCUCAUGCAGGCCAUGAUGCACUGGGAUCCCAAUCGAAGAGGUUCCGCGGCCAAGAUUCUUCAUCACCCCUACUUUGAGGCCUGGCCAAUCUCACCCGCGCUUUGA